AAGGAGGCUCCAGUGGUAUAAGUGGAUUUGAGGGGCUUGGGAGGAAAACAAGGACGCUAGUCAACAUUAUCUCGGUGUUGAAGGUGUGGUUUUGGCGAGGGUAUGGAGCACCCUGUACACAGAGGGGAGACAAUGCCCAUCGGACUACAUGAAAGAUCCCUCGUGGAGGACGACGACGCUCACAUGAAAGUUGCUCUGGGCUAUGGUGAUAUGGGCAUCUCUGCUCACCUUCAGGCAUCAAAGACUGGAAACACACGAUUUUUCACAAGCAACACGCACAGCUCAGUGGUUCUUCAGGGAUUUGACCAGCUGAGGAUAGAGGGUUUACUGUGUGACGUCACGCUGGUGGCUGGGGAUGGCGAUGAAGCUUUCCCUGUACACCGCGCCAUGAUGGCCUCCUCGUCCGACUAUUUCAAAGCCAUGUUCACAGGUGGAAUGAAAGAACAGGAUUUAAUGUGCAUCAAGCUUCACGGAGUUAACCGAAUAGGCCUCAAGAAGAUCAUUGACUUUAUCUACACGGCCAAGUUGUCACUCAACAUGGAGAAUCUGCAAGACACACUUGAGGCCGCCAGCUUCUUACAAAUCCUUCCUGUGCUGGACUUCUGCAAGGUUUUUCUUAUAUCUGGGGUGUCUCUUGACAACUGUGUCGAGGUGGGGCGCAUCGCCAACGCGUAUAACCUCACAGAGGUGGACAAAUAUGUCAACAACUUCAUCCUGAAGAAUUUCCCUUCACUUCUGGGCACGGGAGAGUUUGUCAAGCUGCCCUUUGAACGGCUGGCUUUUGUACUGUCCAGCAACAGCUUGAAACACUGCACUGAGUUGGACCUGUUCAAGGCCGCUUGCCGCUGGUUACGCUACGAAGACAGUCGUAUGGACUAUGCCGCAAAGCUCAUGAAGAACAUCCGCUUCCCCCUCAUGAACCCACAGGAGCUCAUCAAUCACGUGCAGACAGUGGACUUUAUGCGCACGGACAACACCUGUGUCAACCUUCUCCUGGAGGCUAGCAACUACCAAAUGAUGCCCUACAUGCAGCCAGUUAUGCAGUCAGAACGGACAGCCAUCCGCUCAGACAGUGCCCACCUGGUCACCCUGGGUGGUGUUCUGCGGCAGCAGCUGGUUGUGAGCAAGGAGCUGCGUCUUUUCGACGAGAAGGCUCAUGAGUGGAAGGCGCUGGCGCCAAUGGAUGCACCCCGCUACCAACACGGCAUCGCAGUCAUUGGUAACUUUCUUUACGUGGUGGGCGGCCAAAGCAACUACGACACCAAAGGCAAGACGGCGGUGGACACCGUGUUCCGGUACGACCCGCGCUACAACAAGUGGAUGCAGGUGGCAUGCCUUAAUGAGAAGCGUACCUUCUUCCACCUCAGUGCACUCAAGGGACACCUCUACGCUGUUGGUGGAAGGAACGCUGCGGGGGAACUUGCUACGGUGGAGUGCUACAACCCAAGGACAAAUGAAUGGACAUAUGUUGCCAAAAUGAAUGAACCACACUAUGGCCACGCUGGGACAGUAUAUGGUGGUUAUAUGUAUAUUUCAGGGGGAAUCACUCACGACACUUUUCAGAAGGAGCUGAUGUGCUUUGACCCAGAUGCGGAUAAAUGGACUCAGAAAGCACCCAUGACGACAGUGCGCGGCCUCCACUGCAUGUGCACGGUGGGCGACCGCCUCUACGUGAUCGGGGGCAAUCACUUCCGGGGCACCAGCGACUACGACGACGUGCUGAGCUGCGAAUACUACUCCCCCCUCGACUUGUGGACACCUAUCGCCGCCAUGUUGCGAGGCCAGAGUGACGUGGGCGUGGCCGUGUUUGAGAAUAAGAUCUAUGUGGUGGGCGGCUACUCGUGGAACAAUCGCUGCAUGGUUGAAAUAGUACAGAAGUACGACCCGGAGAAAGACGAAUGGCACAAAGUGUUUGACUUACCCGAGUCGCUGGGCGGCAUCCGAGCCUGCACACUCACAGUUUUCCCCCCGAGGAUCUCUCGUGCUCGCCCUCCAGAGAGUCGCCCCUCUCAGCACCUUGAUGAGUAA